UAUAAAAGAUUGGUCACAAUGUGCAACAAUCACAGUGCAUGAACAGUCCUAGAUACGUCUAGGAGGUUGAAGUGAUAGCAAAGUUUUAAAGCAGGAAAAUUGAGAUUCAGCAAUGAAGUGUUUGUUGAUUGCUGUUGCCACUUUGGCCGUAGCCCAGGCUGCCGUUCUCUCUAGCCAGUACCACUCCCAGGAUGGUCAUCAUGGUUACAACUACGGGUACUCGAACAAGGAUAGUGAGAAGGAGGAGACAGCAUCCCAUGAUCGCGUCCGAGGAGAGUACAAAUUCUCAGAUAAGCACGGUGUAUUCAGCAGUGAAGUGAAGUAUGAUGUCCCAAACAAGUAUCACCAGCAGCAUCAUCAUCAGCAACAUCACGGUUUUGGGCAUCACCACGAGCAGGCUAAGCCAUUCUCCUACUCCACUGUUGCUCAUCAUCCAGAACAGAGGCAUCAUCAGCAUAAGGAUCACACUCUGUUCCACUAUGAACGUCAAAACUUCCAUCAUCUGCACAAGCGUUCCCUGUGGCACCACAAUGAUCACCAGCAGCAGCUGAGCCACAACGAAAUCAUCCAUCACGAACCAAUCCACCAUGAGGAGCAUAAGCACUGGACUGGACCAAUUCACAUUCCAGUCAUCAAGAAUGGCGUUCCCACUGAAAGCCCUGAAAUUCUAGCUGCCAGGAAUCAUCAUGCCCAGAAGGUUGCUGAGGCUUACCAACACUCCAGCCACUCUGGUCACAACCACGGCUGGGAGAACAACCAUCAUCACCAAGAGCAUCACCAUGAACAUCACCACGAACAUCACAACGAACAUCACCACGAACAUCACAACGAACAUCACCACGAACAUCAUCAUGAGCAGCACCAUGAACAUCACCACGAACAGCCCAAGUGGACUGGACCCAUCCACGUGCCUGUCAUUGAACACGGUGUCCCCACUGAGACACCCGCUGUGAAGCACGCUAAGGCUCUCUUCCACGCCAAGCACUCCGAAGCUAAAGUUCAUUCUGCUCUCUCCAGCAACCACCAUGAUCACUCUGAUCACGGAUCUUACUACGGAGCCGCUCAUGGACAUGAGGAAUCUCACCACAACCGUUGGACUGGACCUAUCCAUGUGCCCGUGAUUGAACACGGUGUUCCAACUGAAACCCCAGAGAUCCGUGCUGCUAAGGCUCAUCAUGCUGCUAAGCACUCCGAAGCUCACCACUCUGGCAGCUACCACCACGACAACCAUCAUGACAACCAUCACGACAAUCACUACGCUCAGCAGUACAACUACCACGAUGAACAUCAACACCGCUGGACUGGUCCCACCCAUAAGCCCGUCAUUGUUCACGGAGUCCCAACUGAGACACCUGAAGUGCUCCACGCUAAGGCUCAUCAUGCUGCCAAGCACGCUGAAGCCGGAAAGCACGCUGGACAUCAGGAAUGGGAUCAAGGACAUCAGUACGCCCAGCAUUACCAUCAUGCUGACCAUCAAAAGUGGACGGGACCAAUCCAUGUGCCAGUGAUCGAACACGGUGUACCAACUGAGACUCCUGAGGUUCGUCAUGCUAAGGCUCACAUCCUGAAUAAGCACUACGAAGCUCAGAGUCAUCCAGAAUUCCACAAGGACGAUCACACCCAUCAUGGAUACACCUAUGAGAAGCCACACCACAGCUUCCACGAGGAACCCCGCUGGACUGGACCAAUCCACGUGCCUGUUCUCCAUAAUGGUGUCCCAACGGAAACCCCAGAAGUUCGUCAUGCCAAGGAACACCUGAACCAUGCUCAUGCCCAGGCUAAGAGCCAUGAAAUUGGUUGGCAUAAGGCCCAAAAGCACUACUAGACGUUGAAUUUGCGACCUUGUCUUUAGAAAAUACAAAUCACCCGCACUGUCACAUCCUUCCCUCUCAGUUUGACUUGAGUCCAUACCCAAAUGAAGUCCUGUCAACUGGAUUGGAUGAUUGCAAAAUGAGGCUCUUGCGAUAAACUAAGAAAAAAAAAAGACUUUCAUGACCUUUGCCUACUCUCUGGACAAUGACUUUUAACCCCUAGAAAGUGGGUGUGUUUCUAGGGGGAGUGUAAAGCGCACCCUGCCAAAUAUGCCGCCUGCAGCAAUACUCUGAACAAUCCUCCCAAUAAACAUUAAAAUUACAUUGUGAAUGCAAA